AUGAAAUGCUCAUAAGUUGAAUAACUGGGGAUCUUUAAAAGUGACACCUAUUAUGCAUAAGGCUGUACGAACUUAAAAGGGAAAUGCAUAUUAUCUUAAAUCUGCUAAUAACAACGCUAUAAUCUAAUGUAAUUUUUAACUACUUUUGAUAAUAAAUGCACAGAUUAUAUAAUGAAUAAACAGGCUUGUUUAUUAAACAUUAGAGGGCAUAAAUGUUUCUUCGAUCCAAAUCAAUAUCCAGAGAACAAAUGCUAAGAAUACAAAGAAGAAUAAAUAGUUUGUUCCUCCUUAACCUAAAUUAAUAUAGAAAUAUGCAUGAAUUAUUACUACAUAAUGUUUCUUUAAAGAAUCUUCCUUAGGCUGUAAAUCGACUAAGGUUUACCAUGCUUAUGGUUAAAUGGUGCUUGUUAACUCUUUUAAGCAGUUUCACCUGAUACUUGUUCGAAGGCUGGAGAUUAAAGAUCUAAAAAUGUUUGUCUAAGUAUUUCAGGAAAGGAUAAUUUUGUCAACAUCAAGAUUUUAAUUCUUCAACACAAAGGAAAUUAUAAGGCUGAAAAUUGUCUAAACAAUAUAAAUAAAUUAUAGUGCAAUUUCUUAAUAAACCAGUUCUUGCACACAUAAAAUACUGUUCAAAAAGAAUUUUAAUAAGUCUGGAUAUCUUUUAGAUCAUAUAAAAAUUUGAAACUCCCAACACUUAUGAUUGCAAUAUAGCUUUUAGUUAUAAAUCAUGCUUACCAAUUACAAAAUAUGUUCAACUAAAUAAUUAUAAUACUAUCUAAUUAAUUUCUAUGUUAUCUUAAUAAGUAAAUAAUUUAUUUCCAAUGCACUAUCAAAUAUUUCAAAGAUUAUAUUAGUAAUAUAAAUCUUUUAGAAUUUGGAUCUUAAGAUCUCAAAUUUCAAGAAUGUUUUGGUUCAAACUCAAUUCUUCAAAUUUACAAUUAAAAUAAUUUUAUUGGAUAAGGUAAACCGCAUCUCAGAAUAAUUUACAUCUUUACCUAUUUUAGCAAUCUCUAUUUUGAUGCACUAAUAACUCUAGCUUAAUGUUGCAAUGGCGAGGUUAAUUCCUUCUUCAAGUAAGUUAUUUCCUUAUGA